AUGCAGCCUUAUCAGCAAUUCUCUCCUUCAACGAUACCUUCAUUUAUUUUAGAAAACAACAACAGCAAUGGUUUAAUCAAUUUUCUUGAGACGAUAAUACAAACUUCCGGUGGCUUGGAGAAAGGCUACUCUGACAUAGAAAUACGCGAAGAGAUCAUCGUCAUGACCGUAGCUGGGAAUGACACGUCUGCCGUGGGCGCAUCUUUCACUGCUGUCUUGCUUUCCCGUUACCCUAACGUGCAAGCCAAAGUGCAUCAAGAACUACAAGAGGUUUUCGGAGACUCUGACCGGCCAGUCACGCCAGAAGACUUACCCCAGCUCAAAUACCUGGAAGCUGUCAUCAAGGAGAGCUUGCGUCUGUACCCGCCGGUUCCGAUAGUCGCGAGGGAAGUCCGCAGCGAUGUUGUGCUACGUAAGAUCUCAUCCGGCACAACUUUGGUGGACGGGACAUCCGUCCUGAUCCACAUCUGGGGCACGCACCGUGAUCCGUCGUACUGGGGUGCGGACGCCGAAGUGUUCCGUCCGGAGCGUUUCUUGGAGGGCCCGCUGCAGCACCCCGCCAUGUUCAUACCCUUUAGCUACUCUAUCAGGGGAUGCAUUGGUACAACUUUGGUGGAUGAGACGUCUGUCUCGAUCCACAUCUUGGGCACGCACCGCGACCCGUCUACUGGGAAUAUGAUGCUAGACUCAGGCGGCUUCCACCAGAGACCAAGGCCUGAUACAAGCACUGUUUCAGGUGCCACUUACGCGAUGCUGUCCGCAAAGACGGCGCUGGCCAACCUUCUCCGCCGCUACCGGCUUCUGCCGCCGGCCGGCGCGCUCGCCGAGGACCUGACGCGCCCGCUGCCCGUCAAGUACAACAUCAUGAUGAAGGCUUCGGAUGACUUCCUUGUCAGAGUCGAGGAGAGGAAAAAAUAGAGAGAACUUGUACUUUAUACUAUUCAUGACGAGCCGAUUUCACAGUGACAGCACAGUGUCUUAGUCAUUUAUCGGAUUCGAGCCAUGUAGUAGGUAGCCAAUAUUACUAAUAUACUCGUAUAUAUUACAUUACAGGCCUCGAAGACACUAACAAUAAGGUCAUGAAAAUAUAUUUUUGGAACGUUGGCUUGCAAAGAUGUUUAUGAACUGGACUGUACACUGUACCGCUCAUGGCCCCGGAAAAUGGCCAACGAUUUCAAGAGCAAACAAACUAGACAGGUUUCGGUGUUAGCUCGCUGCGACGUAAACACGAGGAAAUCGAGUCUUAGCGCCUCUUCCAUUCUCUUUCAAGUUCAACUCUGUCCUUUUUAUACUUAUAAGUAAGCUUUUAUUUAAGUUAUAGUAAUGUGUCGUAAACUGUAUACCUUAAACGGUAGUUUUGGUGGGUCCAACGUUAAUUUGUUUAUUGUAUCGGCAAGCAACGAAACAACCCGUCAUUUUUAGGGUUCCGUAGCCAAAUGGCAAAAAACGGAACCCUUAUAGAUUCGUCAUGUCCGUCUGUCUGUCCGAUUCUGUCACAGCCACUUUUUUCCGAAACUAUAAAAGCUAUACUGUUCAAACUUGGUAAGUAGAUGUAUUCUAUGAACCGCAUUAUGAUGUUUACACAAAAAUAGAAAAAAAACAAUAAAUUUUGGGGGUUCCCCAUACUUAGAACUGAAACUCAAAAAAUCUUUUUUCAUCAAACCCAUACGUGUGGGGUAUCUAUGGAUAGGUCUUUAAAAUGAUAUUGAGGUUUCUAAUAUCAUUUUUUUCUAAACUGAAAAGUUUGCGCGAGAGACACUUCCAAAGUGGUAAAAAGUGUGUCCCCCCCCCCCGUAACUUCUAAAAUAACAGAAUGAAAAAUCUGAAAAAAAUA